AUGGGCAGCUGCUUCAGCUGUCAUCAGAGGGGUAGCGUACCCAUUCAAAAUAUGCCACCCCACGACGACAACCCUCAAGUCAGGAGCAGGCCAUUGCCGCCCAUGCCAGAUCUGGUGCUUACGAACACCACAUACGCAUCAGCAAAGAGAUUUGGAGCACUUUACUAUUAUGGCGAACGCACCGACGAAGACUUCAAAUUCAGGAAAGGAGAACAUUUACAAACAAAAGUCGAGCAGUGGUAUUUUGGCAACAUUAAUAGAUUAGAAGCUGAGAAAUUAUUACUUUUGCCAAUAAAUGAUAAUGGAUCAUUUUUAAUUAGAAAUUCAGAGAGUGAAAUACAUGGUUACUCUUUGUCUGUUCGCUGUGGUGAUAGAGUCAGACAUUACCGAAUUAAACGGUUUUACGACAGUGGAUAUUUCAUUGUAAGGCGUACAACCUUCAACACUCUACAUGAAAUAGUAAAUUACUAUAGUAAGAUAGCUUCAUUGAAGCCGGCUUGUGUACAGGCGAAGAAACAGAUAACUGAUAGAUUUUUAUUGGAGUUUGACAGAAAAUUAACACAUGGUCAGUUUGGAUUUUUUAAUGACCCAAAAGCUUCCUUAGCUGAAGUUCAAAUUAUAAAAAAGCUCAGUCAUACCAAUACCAUAAUACAGUUGCUGCAAUUUUAG